CUCGGCUUUCCUGUUUCGAUUGUUUGGAGUUGAGUGGUGGAGUGAAAAAUGAAUGAUGAAUGGAAAUUGCACAUUUUGAAGUGAAAAAGCCGGUCGAAGUCGUUUAGUCUUAUAACAGUGGAAAACUAGUCAGUUUUUUCUAUUGUAUUUUACCUAUUUCUUCAUUCCCGCUGAACCGUUUGUAUCGGAUCGAAAAGAGGUGGCCCCUUCAAUCAUGUCGAGAUAUUCGGAUUGCAAAGUGUACGUGGGUGACUUGGGCAGCAGUGCCUCUAAACAAGAAAUCGAAGAUGCCUUUAAAUAUUACGGCCCGCUUCGCAAUGUUUGGGUGGCCAGGAAUCCGCCGGGAUUCGCAUUCGUCGAGUUCGAGGACCCCCGAGACGCCGAAGACGCUAUCAGAGGCUUAGACGGACGGACGAUAUGCGGCCGGCGCGCCAGAGUGGAGAUAUCCAACGGGAAGAGCGGCGGCCGGUACAGGGGCCCGCCGCCCCGGUCGCGGGGCAAGCCCUUCCAUCCGGACGACAGGUGCUACGAGUGCGGAGACCGAGGACAUUACGCUAGGGAUUGUAGUAGAUACAGGAGAGGCGGGCGAUACAGGUCGAGGAGUCGUUCGAGAAGCCGUUCGAGGGAUCGCAGAAGCAGGAGCAGGAGCAAUUCGCGGUCGAGGAGCCGCUCUAGGUCGGAAUCGAGGAAGAGGAGCCGCAGCCGGUCGCGCAGCAACGACAAGCAUUCGAGGACGAGGUCGCGGUCCAGGUCCAGGUCGCACAGUAGGUCCGUUAAGGAGAACGGCAACGCGAAAGAUUAGUAAAGCGCGGUGUGUUUAGAUCCGAUAAAGGGAACGAAGGGAAUCCAAUUUUCGUUCGUUUAUUUUUUAGAUAUUAAUCUUGUAUCCAUUUAUUUUCUUCUCUUUGAUAGAUUUAGGUUGCGAAUUAGUUUCGUUUUCUUUUAGCGUUUAAUAUCUGAAGUUUUUUUGGUUAACCAAUGUAGAAAUUGAUUUGUAAUAAAGAUCAUUUGCUUAUUUAAUAAACUUGGUGUUGUACGUG